CUUUUCGCAUACGAUCCCAUUCCACUCACAAUUAAAAAUCCAAUUUAACGACCAGGCUUGGCGAAAAUUUCACACUUUGAAAAGCUUCCGAUUCAAGAAACCCAAAUCUUUUUAUAUAUUUUGCAACCUGAGAUUUUUGUUUUUGUUUUGUUUUGGUUUUCCCUCUCACAUUAUAAUUCAAUUCCUUAAACAAAAUCUCUCUUCCAUUUUAGAUUUGGAAUUCUCUUUUUCCCUAAAACUAGAAAAAAAAAGAGAAAUUUUUUUAGAUUUUUGCAAAAAUUGAUAUGGCGAAGAAACGAGGAGUUUUUGGAUUCUGGUACUUCCUUCUCGCAAUUUUGGUCUUUGCGAGGGUUUCUUUCUCCGCCAGAUCGGAUAAAGAGAUCAGAGAAAGGUUCUAUGGCAAUUUGUUGAACUCUUCCACACCUGAUACUAACGAUACCAUAGCCAAAAUGUUCGAUCGCGUCCUCGAGAAAGAGUUCGCAGAGAACGAUCAGCCUGAAGGAUCUGAUGGAAGCAGCUUUAACAGCAGUGUAGCUGAUCAGCAAGCUGUACUUGAGACUGUAGUCAAAAUCACUCAUGACAAGGGCAAGAAAAAUGAUACACAAGAAACCAAUGGUACAAGAUCCUUCCAGCUUCAAGAUGUUUUUUCUCUGGAGAAUGAGGAUUCUGAUGAUAUGACAACUUUGAUUGACAAAAAGGAUAAUGUAUUUGUUAUGUCAAACAAGAAGUCCAAGUAUCCAGUACUUCAAGUAGAUUUGAGAUUAAUUUCAGAUUUGGUAGUUGUCAUUGUUUCUGCUGCCAUUGGUGGCAUUCUGUUUUCGUGUUUGGGACAACCAGUUAUUGUGGGCUAUCUUCUUGCUGGUUCACUCAUAGGGCCUGGUGGCCUGAAGUUCAUCAGUGAAAUGGUACAGGUUGAAACUGUUGCACAAUUUGGUGUUGUCUUUCUCCUUUUUGCUUUAGGGCUGGAGUUCUCUUUGACAAAGUUAAAAGUUGUAGGGCCUGUUGCUGUUGUUGGAGGAUUUUUGCAAAUCAUGACAUUCAUGUUCUUGUGUGGCAUUACUGCUAUGCUUUGUGGAGCAAACUUGUCGGAGGGCAUCUUUGUUGGUUCCUUUUUGUCGAUGUCAUCAACAGCAGUGGUUGUGAAGUUUCUAAUAGAGCGGAAUAGUAAUAAUGCUCUUCAUGGUCAAGUUACAAUUGGGACACUUAUUUUUCAGGAUUGUGCUGUUGGUUUAUUGUUUGCUUUGCUCCCAGUUUUGGGUGGUAAUAGUGGCCUUUUCCAAGGAAUGAUGUCAAUGGGAAAGCUGUUGCUGGUGUUAUCAUUAUAUCUCAUUGCAGCAUCUGUAUUGUCGUGGUCGUUUGUUCCUCGUUUUCUGAAAUUGAUGAUUCAGUUAUCAUCUCAAACAAAUGAGCUUUAUCAGCUUGCUGCUGUCGCUUUUUGCUUGUUAUCUGCUUGGUGCAGUGAUAAGUUGGGCCUUAGCCUAGAGUUGGGAUCAUUUGUUGCCGGAGUUAUGAUAUCUACCACUGAUUUUGCACAACAUACGUUAGUUCAGGUGGAACCAAUUCGUAACCUAUUUGCAGCUCUCUUCCUUUCAAGUAUUGGGAUGCUUAUACACGUGCAUUUCCUCUGGAUCCAUGUAGAUAUACUUCUAGCUUCUGUUAUUUUGGUUAUAGUUGUUAAGACUGCUGUUGUUACCAUUGUUACUAGGGCCUUUGGAUAUAAUAUCCGGACAUCAUUCCUUGUUGGAGUCCUACUAGCUCAAAUAGGAGAGUUUGCUUUUGUUCUUCUAAGUCGUGCCUCGAAUCUUCAUCUUGUUGAGGGGAAGAUGUAUCUUCUUCUUCUUGGAACAACCGCUCUUAGUCUGGUAACAACUCCUCUCUUGUUUAAGUUGAUCCCUGCUGUGAUGAACUUGGGUGUUCUCAUGCACUGGUUCCCCGCUGAGAAUAACACACAGAAUGAGGAGAAAGCUUCUUUGGUAGAAGCGCAUAACAGAAUGUUGUGACGCUUUAUGUAUUUAGUCUUGGUUCAUUUGAGGGUCUAUAUCCUGCCAAUGCCAUCAUCUUUGAGGUUACCAAUGACACCUCGGCAUCUUCAGUUCCAUUCAAACUUAGCUUGGAGUUCUUCUGUACAUAAUAUAUAUAUAUAUAUAUAUGUUAUUAUAUUCUUUCAUCAGGAAUAAUCUCCUAAUCCUAAGCAACAUUAUUAAGUUUAUGUUGAGCAAGCCGACAUGUCUUCUAACUUUUAUCUUCUUCCCUAUUCUCACAUGCUAUGAACACAUUCUUACAUGGAGUAUCUUGUCAGUAUUGCUCGAUAUAAGCUUAGCGAUGUUACUUAGAUCAUUCAUUAUUCACUGAUUAUUGUAAAUAGGAAUUUUUAGGGCCUCUUACAUAUUAACGCUGAUGUAACGAAUUCGAUAUUCAUGUUCCUGUCACGAAGUUACUGCGGAUACCGUAGAUUAUAGAAAUUGUAGAAAUACCGAGAAGAUGGAUUUGUGAAGCAUUUUUUGGGCUUAAAUGAGAUUCAGUUCCAAAAUUUGUCUCA